AUGGAUCGUGGAAUAUCAGAGACUAAGUUACAGAUACAUCUUAAAUCUUAUAAAAAUAACAACAGCAAAAGCAACAACAACAACAACAACACUUCAACAAAGACAGCGACAACAAUGAUAAAGACGACGACGGCGACAACGAAACUAACAACAAUGUCAACGACGAUGACAACAACCAAAACAAAAAGUGAUAGUAGAGGAAAGAAAAAUAUUGAUGGAAAUGCAGGGAAAAAUAGUUAUGAAAAAUCUCUGACAUCGCAAUUAUUGGAUCUUCGCAAAAUUUUAAAGGAAAACUCUGUAGCAAAGAAUAAAGAGCUGAUACAGUACAUGAAUAAAAGAAAGAAAUCUUACAACUAUUCACAGAUCUUCAAAAACAUACUCUGCUAUCCCAGAACAAAGUCUCUUAUAAACUUCGAAAAACUGAUAGUCAACAUUGAGAAAUCUCUGACUCGUAUCAAUUCAAAAUAUGGACCCAUUAAUUUUCUCUAUGCGAACGCAGAUAGACUACAAGAGCUUAUAAAUUGGUGGUUAAUGGCUAAGUUUGUAGCAAAGAUGGAACUUAACAACUUAAUUGUCGCGACAGAUAGUACAAAGCUUACACCAAUCCUUUCCAAACUCUCAAUAAACACAGUUUUUAUCGACACUACAAUAACACAAACCGAAAUUGAACGCAUUCAUAAAAAUAUAAUUUGGCUGUACAGAAUCAUCUUUUGGCGUCUUUUAAACUCGUAUGGCUAUGACGUAUUAUGCUUUGAUACCGAUGCGAUUGUUUUAAACGACCCUAUUAGUCAUAUAGAGAAGAAUUAUCCAGACGCUAGCAUUGUAGCUUCGAUGACCAACAAAGCACCAAAAAAUGUCAAUCACGAGUGGGGCUUUACCUUGUGCAUGGGGCUUGUGUUGUUUAGGAAGGAGAUGAAUAGUCAACGUUCGUUCUGGGGCUUCUUGGACGAUAUGUGUACGGCACGAUUGGUACAUGUAGUAGGCGACCAGAGGUUGAUCAACGAGGUGCUUAUUGGUGAAGGCAUCAAGUGGAAUGUAAAUUACAAAGAACAACAAGAGAAGAUCGACCUUGGUAACAUACUAGUAACUGGCAAGACAACAGAUGGUUUAAUAGUAAAGGUCCUGUCUCCAAACGAUUUCUGCAGAUUAGCAUGCCACAAGGGUCAAACGCAAUAUGUAUGGCAUAAACGAACUGAACACAAAAAUUGGUUGCUGAAAAAUGACUGGGAGAAGUUAUUGACAAAAGUGAAUGACAUAAGAAUGUUGGUUAAUAUGACCCUAUAUCUUGAUUUAAAGGAUUAUAACAUUGCUAUCACAGACUUGUUCGAUGAUGAACGUCCAAAAGAAAAAUUUAAAGAUUUUGACCGUCAACGUUCAUCAAAUUAAAUGGCUGCUCAAUAAAUUCACAUCAAUUCCUGAUAUACUUACAUUAUGAAAGUACAAAUUCAACCAGUUAGCCUAAGUAUCGAUUGCGUUAUAAAGGAUCAAAUAAGACAGCCAGACCAUCGCAAAUAAUGCAUUGACACAC